AUGUCGCGACAGCCCUCCAAGAUUGUCUUUGUGGGUAACAUCCCAUACGGUCUCUCCGAAGAGCAGAUCUCCGACAUCUUCAGCAGCGCCGGCCGCGUCGUCAGCUUCCGUCUCGUCUACGACCGCGAAAACGGAAAGCCCAAGGGCUUUGGCUUCGCCGAGUACCCCGACCCCGACUCGGCCGCCUCCGCGGUACGCAACCUCAACGACUACGAGGUCAUGGGCCGCAAGCUGCGCGUCGAUUUCUCCAACGAAGGCCACGACGAGGACAUGCCGGCGUCCAUGGGCGGCAGCAACACCUACGGGGGACCCGGCACCGGCACCAGCAGCAACGGGCCGGCGGCGAGCACGCCAAUGGCCGCAACCGGUUCGUCCAACGGCAGUUCGUCGCUGCCGCCCCUGCCGCCCGGCAAAGACAUCCCGCCCGGCGCGAGCGCCACCGACGAGAUCUCGCGCGUUCUGCGGACGCUGCCGCCGACGCAGCUGCUCGACGUGCUCACGCAGAUGAAGACGCUGGCGACCAACGAGCCCGCGCGCGCCACCGAGCUGCUGGCCCAGGCGCCGCAGCUGGCGUACGCCGUGUUCCAGGCGCUGCUGCUCAUGGACCUGGUGUCGCCCGAGGCCAUCCAGGCCGUCGUCGAGGCGACGCCGGCGGUGCCCGUCGUCCCACAGCAACAGGCGCCACCGCCACCGCCACCACCGCCCGCCGCAUACGCCGCCUACCAACCCGAGCUGGCACCACCCGUGGCCGCACCGCCCGCGGCUGCCCCGGCCGCGCCAGGACAGGAUGAGCUGAUCAAGCAGGUGCUGGAGCUGCCGCAGGCCGUCAUUGACCAGCUGCCCGAGGCAGAACGGACGCAGUUGAUGGCCCUGCGGAUGCAGUAUGGUGGCGGUGCGCGGUAA